AGAGAGGAUCACAAGACGAGCUGAAAGAGAAUGUGUUGUUCGAUUCAGAAAGGGAAAAAGGCCGCAUAGUCAAUGUGUGCAUCUAUACUUGCGCAAUCGUAGUGCAAUAAUGUGCAACCUAUGAGUGCAACGCUGUUGCGUCUAGAUUUGUGCAGGAUAGUUCUUCGUUUGCGAUUGGAUAGCAGCUCAUUUCUACAGAUCCAGCCGACCCCUUGACUUGGAAAAAAUAAUGGUGAGGUCAGCGUAGAAUGAGUCAACCUAGGAAAUGUAUGCAGUCAUCACCACUCUAUUGCACAGUGGGUGCGUGGACACAGGAACCGUUUCUCAGGUAACGAUCGCGGGAGCAGCGCAGGAACACGACCGGAAUGGGUGUCGCCCAUGAGUGAGCAGCACACAGACACCCACACAGCCGACACCAGGUCAGCGCCGGCCAGCUCCUGAGUAGGUCAGGAAGCGAGGAGGAGGACAGGAAGGAAGAACAUCCCAGCGCUUUGACCUCCUGGUCUCCAGCCGGGGCCCUUUGGUUGUGAGAGACGGUCGACGGCAUUCUCUAGCCCGCAAGUAGAAGGUUGCAAGCGGCGGGAUACUUUGGAUAAGUGCUAGGGAGGCUAGUGUAGCUGAGGGUUUUGGUGCUAACCUAGUACCGCCUCGGCUGUAGCAACCCUCCUGCCCCCCUCGACCACCAGCCCCUGGGUCCUUCAUGCGCGUCAUGAGUUUACCGCCCCAGCCGAAAGCAAACCCCAAGAGAACAGGCAAGCGCAUCUCUUUCUUCAACGAGCAAGGAGCAGCCAUGAAGGAGACAUCGUCCCAGCACCAGGAAGGUUCCUACUAUGCCCUGGCCGCCCCGGCCUCCGAGGCAGCGCCCAGCGAGGCUGCCAGCACCGUGUCCUCCAACCCUGAGGCUCCGCACAUGUACCUCAACUCUGUGAUCUUCAGCCCAGAGAAAGGGGACCAGAACCGGGGACACUACCAGCAGACGCUGCCCAUGAAAUGGGCCCACCAGGAGCCCUCGCCGCAGAGCCAGCAGCAGCAACAGAGGGCUGGCAACUGGACCCAGGGUGUCACCAUGGCCAACUGGGGCCAGAACUUUGCUCCCUACCUCGGAGGGGUGGGCGACGCCAGGACCCAGGCGUCCUUUGCCAAGCAGGGCCGCGAGGGGCCGGCCUUGCAGCCACAGCCCCAACCCCCCAGCAGGGCCCCAGAGAAGCAGCAGCUGGUGGCCAACCCUACUGGUGAGGCCUACAGGGAGGUAACCAAGGCCCAUGGGCUGGACUGGGACCCGCAGAACCAGCCCCAACACCAGGCUCCUCAGCAGCCCCAGGCCCAGGUCCAGGCCUACCAGCAGCCCCUCAAACCGGGGGCGCUGAACGCCCCCCAGCAUAGCGUGCAGAGCCCCGGAGGAACCUCGGUCCUCCAGCCCUUCCAGUUAGCCUUCGGUCAGCCCAAGCAGAACCUCACAGGGUACUACCAGGCCUUCCAGGGCAGCAGAGCUCUGCCCAACCUGAGCUAUGGCGGCCAACCACAGGCCCAGGCCCAGGCCAAGCCCCAGCCCCAGCCUCAGCCCCAACCUCAGCCCCAGCCUCAGCCCCAGCCCCAGCCCCAGCAUAUGCAGAAGAAGGAGCAGAUGCAGGAGCAGAUCCAGCGGCAGCAGAUCCUCCAGCAGCAGCAGCAUCACAUCCAGCAGCAGCAGAUGCUGCAGCACCAACAGCACGUGCAGCAACAGCAAAUACAACAACAGCUACAACAGCAGCAACAAAAGCAACAACAACAACAACAGCAGCAGCAGCAGCAGCAACAACAGCAAAUCCAACAGCAACUGGCACUAUGUGGGAUGUACUAUAGCAGUCAAAGCUCUCACCCCCACGCCCAACCUCUUCCCCAGCCCCAGCCUCCUGUCGUCGUGCACUCCCAGGAGCCUCCAGCUCCAGCCCUCCCCACAGUCCAGGAGCCGGCCCCUCCAACCCUCCCCUCGGACCCCCAGCCGGCCUCAGACGCCCAGCCUCACCAGCCCCAGGCCCAGCCUCGCAGGUCCAGAAGGCUGUCCAAGGAAGGGGGGGCUCCGUCUGGGGAGAACCCCUUCCUCCUCCCCUCUGAGCAGCCGGAGCUUGGCUCCCAGAAUGGGGGGGGCCCAGAGGCGGCGCAAGGGCCCCCCAGGACGGAGGAGGUCCAGGCCGCUCCUACGGGUGUCAUCCAGAGCACACGCAGGAAACGGAGGGUCUCGCAGGAGGUCAACCUGGAGACCCUGGCCCAGAAGGCCUCUGAGAUGGAAUCCUUGCCCUCCCAUGGGCUCAAGGACCCCCACCGACCGUGGAGCCCCUCCAGAGCUGGUUCAGGCCCAGACCGGGUCCUGGGUCCUGGGGACGGUCUGACCGGCAAGCGUCCUCGUGACGACAGCCUGCUGCCUCUGGUCAUCCCGGUGUCGGUGCCGGUACGGAGGCAGGAGCCGUCCUCCCCGGACCGGGAGCGGGCUGCGCUGGCCUCCAGCUGGCCCCUCCGUCACGGAUUCCUGGACUCUGGGCUCUCGGACCACAAACCCUCCGUCAUUGUCACACGGCGCCGCUCGCUCAGGAACUCCCUGUCGGAGAGCUCAGGACAGAAUGGCGGGAUGGAGGGAGACAAAGACGAUGACGGCAAAUCCGCCAAGUCCAAACGGCGGCCCCGCCCCGAGCCCCUGUUCAUCCCGCCCCCGAAACCCGGCACCUUCAUCGCCCCGCCCGUCUACUCCAGUAUCACGCCCUACCAGAGCCACCUGCGCUCCCCCGUCCGCCUGGUGGACAACCCCCUGGCCAUGCCGCCCUACACCCCCCCGCCCAUCCUCAGCCCCGUCCGCGAGGGCUCCGGCCUCUAUUUCUCCACCUUCCUCUCCUCCGCCGCCGCCAGCGCCCAGGGUCUGCCUCCGCCCGCCACGCCCAAGUCGGCCUCACGCAGCCUGCUGCGCUCCAACAGCUGUGACAUCACUCCUCCAGUCCUGUCUGCUAUAGGCGAGGCCACUCCAGUCAGCAUUGAGCCGCGUAUCAACAUCGGCGUGCGCUACCAGGCGGAGGUGCCGGAGCUGCGGCAGGGGCAGGGGGCCCAGCACGACCCCCACCUGGCAGAGCUGCUCUGGGCCCCGCUGGGAGAGGCCCUGGCCAGGCCCGCCUUCCAGGAGAAAGUGGAUGACCUCAUGCAUCUAGCCUGCUCUAGUGCCCUGUGUGGAGGGGGAACCAAUCAGGAGCUGGCACUGCACUGCCUGUACGAGUGCAAGGGUGACAUCAUGGGAGCGCUGGCUUUACUGCUGCUGAAGAACCCAGUCUUCCCCAAGGCUCACCGCCUAGCUGGUUAUCACUACUCUGGGUCAGACAGCUGGACUGCUGCAGAGAGGCGCUGCUUUAACAAAGGCAUCGCGGCCUACAAGAAGGACUUCUUCAUGGUGCAGAAGCUGGUGAGCACCAAGACAGUGGCCCAGUGUGUGGAAUUCUACUACACCUACAAGAAGCAUGUGAAGAUGGGCCGUAACGGAGUCCUGCUGUACGGAGAGGCAGAACCUCCGGAGACCAGGACCAUCGACGAGGAGAUGGACCACAAGAGCUCUCACAGACUGGACUCUCGGAAGGAGGAAGAGGACAACAGGAAGUGGGAGGGGUCAGCUGACAGGAAGCCAUGCGGCAGCAGCCCAGGGAGGAUAACACAGACCUUGCAGGCCAGUGACAACGCCGGCGCAGUGCUGGUGCUGAAGGGCCAGGAGGACGUGAGGAGGGAUCAGCCUUCGUCUCGUGCCGGCCAUCCUCAUCCUCCUCCCUCCAAACCGCGGGCCGCUGCUGCAGCCAAGCCCCCGCCCAACCCCACGGGCCAGGAGGGGGAGUUCCCCUGCAAGAAGUGUGGCAGAGUGUUCUUCAAGGUGAAGAGCCGCAGCGCCCACAUGAAGAGCCACGCGGAGCAGGAGAAGAAGGCGGCCGCGCUGCGCCAGAAGGAGGCCGAGGAGCGGGCGGCGGCCGAGGCGGCGGCCCUGCUGGCCGCGCGGCACAACGGCGCGCUACCGGGGGCCGCGGGUGACAGCACCAACGACGACUCAUCCGAGGACGACGAGGACAGGAACGACGCGGACUGGCACUGAGAACACGGGGGGGGGGGGGGGAGGCUAGCGCCCUCUCCUGGCACCCCCUGCGGACCUGUCGCCUCGCGGUGUCCUUGAUUGGCAUGGACAGCCACUUCUAGGAUAGCAGUGCUAUCUAUACGAGUUGGCCUGCGUUGACCUUUACUGGUGCCAGGAUAAACUCAGUCAGCAUGGCCGCUGGUUCAUUUCUGUCCGCACCUACAAAUCCUCCACAGUGACCCCCAGCCCUCCUCCCGUCGGCCCGGCUGCCCACUGCCUUGCACCUGCUGCAGCCAGGCUGUGUAGCUGCUCACCUAGCCCUAGCUGCACACCCGGAACUCAGCUGUUCAGUAGAGGGCGGAACAGAAAGUUCUAGAUCGAGCUGAAGGUCUUUCUGGGAAUCCUCUCUCCAGACACAUAUCACUCAUCAACAGGCAAUGGCAUUGGGAGUUGAUCCUGCAUGGAGGUCCUGGACAUUACGGAAGGAUAGCUAGCUAGCUAGCGUCUUGGUUCAUCGGGGACGUUGUCACUUUCGCGCUGAGAACGUUGGGCGAACAAAGGCACACACCUCCAAGAAACAUCCACAGAGUUAUGUGAUUGGCCAAUAUCGAAUGAAAGGAUUUUUUUUUUUUUUAUUCUGAAAAACCGCAAAAAGUUGACUCCUGUUUUUGCCAGGUGCAACUCUGGUCUCUCUGACACUCAGGUUCACCGAGACUUCCUGGUACACCACCGGUAUCCAGGAAGUCAACAGCGAGGCUCUUCCUCGACAACACAGUGGACUGAACCUGAGUCUGUUUGUAAAACUGCUUAACAUUUUCUGUGUAACAGGACGUCCCCUGCACGCAUUCAGGGACCGGUUUACUCCUGUGUAUGUGUGAGAGGAGUGUUGUAUGCUGAUCUGGGUGUGUGUGUUUCUAUUACGUUCUCCUAAUUUGCUUGUGAAGCUAUCAGGGGAUAUGUCUGUCUCACAGACACAGGGCUAUGUGCUACAACAGCCAUGACACUGCUCUGAUACAAGGGCCUCCUCCACACACACUGGCUCCUCCUACUUCUCCUGCCUGCCCCAACCCGGCCCCUCCCACACAGACAGGCCCCUCCCACUUCAGCUUGAGCUCCUCCCCCUCAGCACUAUCAGCCGCUCAGCUCAUCAGGUCGUGUUAGACUGUCUGGGAUUCCUCCAGUGAGACACAGUGCAUCCAGCCACAGUCAUUCACACCCAUGAACAAACUGUCCUACAGUCUACUGCUGAUGCUACUGUCUUGGUUUCCUUGGUACCUGUAGAGAAACACACAGAGAGCCCACUAUGGUGUGGUUCGUGUGUGUGAACACUUUCCUCUGCCUGUUGUCCCUUUAUCAUGCAAGGCUACCAGAAGCUUGCUCUGUGACACGUCUACCAAACAGAAAGUUCCGUACUUUGGGUUCGAUCCUCGUGAAUCCCUGCUCCCCCUCUCCGGAUCUCUGGCUCUCCUGUUCUCACUGUCGCUGCCUUCGGUGUUACCAUGCUAUCUUUAAAUGACAAUCAAUUUUACAAAGGUAUUUUUUUUAUAUUCAAGAAAUUGCUUAUUACAUUGUUACAUUUUGCCUGUAUCUAUCAAAUAGUCAUUGUUGUAUUGUGAAUAUUGCUGUUGUUGUUGUUGUUGUUGUUGUUGUUGUUGUUAUUAUUAUUAUUAAGGAUAUCGGGAUGUGCUGUUGUUACUUGUACAACACAUUAUUAUUAUUACAGUUAUUUUAUUAUCA